AUGGAGGUGCAUCUGUCGAAUCUGAUGGGCAAGCUGAGCAUCGAUAACGGUGCCAGCGAUCUAUGCGACUUUUCAUUGGCAGAGCAGAAUGCCCUGAGUGAGGCGCACGGCAUAACACCCAGCACCAGUCCCGAUUACCUGCCCAUCCUGGGCAAGACCGUCAACUACAUCGUGGCGUUCGUCCUGGUCAAUGAUGCCAACGAGAUCCUCAUGAUGCAGGAGUCACGGGAGUCUUGUCGGGGCAAGUGGUACCUGCCGGCCGGCCGGAUGGAGCCUGGCGAGAAGAUUGUCGAUGCAGCCGCACGAGAAGUGCUGGAGGAGACAGGCCUUAUAGUGGAGAUCACGACACUCCUGCUCGUAGAAACUGCCGGAGGCUUGUGGUUUCGCUUCGUUGUUACCGGCGACAUUGUGGGCGGAGAGCUGAAGACGCCCGAGAUGGCAGACAGUGAAUCUCUGCAGGCCAGUUGGGUGGCGGACGUGUCGAAACUCAGCCUCCGCAGCCAAGAUAUUGUGGCCCUCAUCAAUUACGGCCGCCUCUACAAGAGCACCAUCUCAGUGGCUCUGUGGCCACGCGCAAUGUUACCCAAGCCGAAGGCGCACACGAAGAGCCACCUUAGACUAGUGCUGGCCAUCCGGAAGCGCGCCACCAACAGAUUCCACAUUCUCUACAGCGAGAAGCAGACCUCCCACUAUCCCACUGUUGAGAUUCACCCGGAGAGGAGCAUCUACUCCACGCUGAUCAAGUUCAUGAAGGAGAUCUUUGGCGCCGACUUGCCACAGCACAAGCCCCAAGGGCUCUUCUCCGUCGAACACUCGCCCUCGGAGAUGGCCAGCACAGCCACAGACGGCAUCUGUCUCACGCUCCUUGUGCUCUUCCGGCCGCCACUGGAGGAGGUGUCGCUCAUUGGCAAGUACGUCUGGGAGGAAUUGCAGCCGGAGGCGAGCCACGAGCUGGAGAAGCUCAUCACCGCCAAGCACGCUCUGAUUGGCCUCAGUGUGCUGCGAUAGGUAGUCCAAGUCCACGAGACGCGUCCAAUAUUUUGAUACCAAAAUAGAGAUGAGAAUAAAUUGCAUGCUCUACGUCCUCCACAGACAAUUCCCCUUUUACCUCUUCCACUUGGAUAUUUGAGCUAAUUCAGCCGAAUUAUACCGUUCUAGGUGCUAAAUGCAUAUUGAGAAUACUCUUUGUAAAACCCAUAUUCGACUGUUAAAUAAAACAUAUUAAUCGAA